AUUUUUUGGUGCCCCUCUUCAAGACAACAUCAACAGAACAAAGCCAUGAAGCUCACUCUGCACAAUCCCAAAUGCCUGACAAACACACUAUUGAGCACAUGAAAGCAGCUGACGAAUCCAUAUCAAAGGUGUUGGAUUGGUUCACCAGAAGCGAAGAAACGCCAUCUGUAAAUGAAAGGUUGAAAGAAAUGGAAACUCCACCUGACCCAAUAGUGGAGAACAACCUGCCAUUAAAUACAAAGCCAGAUACUGAGUUCUCACAUAUUGAAUCUGAUAUAUUUACAAAAAGCCUCAAAGAGCUGCAGAACAUAAAUGGUGAAAUCCAAAAAUCAGGAGAACAAGGAAUCCAAUUAAAGGAAGUUCAAAUUCCAAUAAAAGAGAACAUUUUUGAUGAAUCUGUAAUUCCAGAAGCAACAGUACUGGAGGAGAAAAGUAAAAUAAGAACAAAAAAUAGUUCUGAGAAUACUUAUACAAUUUUGGAGAACAUGGUUAAACAUUCCAAUAAUCAACAGCAACACAUUAGACUGGAGCGAGAUAAGGAGUUCGAACAAGGACUAUUAGUUUCUGAAAAAGAGAGGGUUGAAACAAAUGCAAAUGCCAAUGGAGAGUCAGAAGUCACUCCAGCAACUUCAGAAAAUGUUGACUUUUUACUUGUUGCUACUAAUAAAAAUAAUGCACAAGUGACUGGUGUCAAUGAUGUAACAGAGGAUGCACUUCCUGCUGUUCAAGAACUUUCUUCAAAACACAGAACUCCAUACCAGGAAAAUAGUUUUGCCAAUGCAGUGUUUAGAAAGUCAACUGAGAAUGAAGACACCAUUAAUAUUAAGUCAUCUAAUUAUAAAUCAGCAAACAAAGGAUCUAAUGCAACAAGUACUGCAAGUUUGAACUCUAUGUUUUUCAACAAUGGAGUAGAAAAAGAUUUAGAUUCCACCAAAAACAAAAAUCAGCAAUCUGUUGAUGGAAAUGAGCACAUAACUACAACAUGUGAGAGUCCUUUCUUGGAAAAAGCAAGGCAUGGAUCAAAUGAAAAUAUACACAUACCCAUAUAUGAUGUUCAGUCAGCUUUGACAGAAAACACAACUCUGAGCAAAACAAAAACAAAGAGUCCACCUGAGCAGAAUGAUGAAGAAACCGGUGCUUUACAAGAUAAAAUUCAUGUUAAAACCCUAGAUUUGGAGCAAUCAUUGAAUAAUGAUGAAAAUUCAACUAAGAUGAAUUUCCACUUGGAGAAAAAUGACACUAAUGAAAUUCCUGCAAAAGAAAAGCUUUUCACUAUCAUUUCAAUCAAGAAAAGAAUAUGCAACACCUCAGAUGAUCCACAUCAUAAUCCCUCACAAUUCACAAAUCUAAGAAACUUCUGGGAUAAAGGAACUAACAGUGUUGAUGCUCAAUUGGGGCUCACAAAAACAUUAGAUGACAAACAUUCGACCUUGAAGAUGGCAACAAGUACUGAACAAAAAGUGCUAUUUGAAGCAAAACCUUUGAUAACUAAUUAUCCUGAUGAUCUUUCCAAAAAUGAAAGUAUGAAAACCGAGGAGUAUCGUGGACCAAGUGUCCAAGAAAGAAUGCAACAGAUACUUCAACAGAGAGAAACUCAAACUGAGAAAAAAAGAUUGAACACCAAAUAUUUUCCCAAGGUUCUCCCUACAGAGAUCAAAUUAAAAUUGAAGACUGCAAAUAAUACCUUAAAUGGAAAUGAACUUAGGCCUACUUCAAGUACUUUCCAGAAACACUUCCCUGAAGUAGAGGCAACUGCUCAAGAGAGAAUGAUUUGUGAUCCAAAAUCAGAGGAGUCAAAUAAUUUGAACAUUGGAUUGCAGUGGAGACAUCAGGAAAAAGAUGAAAAUAAAACUUCACCUGCUGAGGAAGAGCAUAAACAUGAGAGAAUUUUGCAGUCAGACAACCAGACUUUCAAACUAAGCGCUGAUGAAUCAGCUGAUGGAAUGACUAAUUCACAAUCUAUUUUGGAAGAUAUAAACCAAAGAAAUUUGCAAAGAGGGUCAAAUACUUUUAGCGAAAUUGGAAAUAAUAAAGAUGACAAUAUUUCAGAAAAGAGAUUACAAAGCCAAAUUCCAAAUGUUCUAAAACCAACUGAUAGAUCAUUUUCUCAAAAUGUAAACUCAUCGGUUAGACAAAAGUCGUCAAAAGAAGUGAACAGUAAUGAAGAAAAUCUUACUUUAUUUGCAGGAUGUUCCCCUGUUGUAGAGGAAAAUGACAUUCCACAAAAGAAAUUGUACACAUCUGAGUCAUUGGACAGCAUGAUCCACAGUAGUCUGAAGACAGUUGAUGUGUCUUUUCAAGAAGAUAAAUUAUCAUCUAUUAAAACUAACAAAGGUUCUAAAUAUAAUGAAGACCUAGGACUAGAUUUAAAUAAGGAUGAGAGAGGUUUUGACUUGCAAGACCAAUUUCAAACUGAGUUAAAUCUUCCAUCUGGAAUUACAAAGACAAACACCUUCAAGGAAAAUGGUGAUAGUCCUACCAAAAAAUCCAUGGAAGGUUUCAAGGCAGGUGCACUAGACAACUCUGAUCAAGACGAUUCACCAAAAAACUAUUCAAGAGGAAGUAACCACUUACAUGCUGAAACCUGGAGAAGUUCACUCAGUGAGGAAGAAGAGGGGUCGAAUUUAGCUUUGAAAAGAAAUUCGCGCACAAGUGAAACUUACAAGAGUCUGCAAGAUAUUAAUGUCAUCUCAAGCAUGCCAAGUACCUUAGAUACUACAAGCAAAGAAAUGGUCCUCAGUGCUGAUAAUGUUUCCAAUAUUCCAACAACCCCAGAAAACACAUCUUUACAGUCAAAAAGAAUGAAACGGCUGAGUAAGUCAGUACCUGCAUUUCCAGAGAAUGAUGAUGCAGACUCCAUGUUGGAGAACAGCUUCCAGAUGGACAAACAUGGGACAAUCGCAAGCUCUCUAACAAACAUUAGUGGCUCUUCUGGCAUGGCAUCAAGAUCCUCUGUUAGUGGAAGUACAAUGAGCAUCUACAGCAGUGACAUUGGAAAUGUUGAUGUCCAAGGGAAGAUGCAGUUUUCAUUGGAUUACGUAGACAAGUUGAAAGAGUUCCAUAUUUUUGUGGUGUGCUGCUCAGGCUUAGCUGCUGCUGAAAAGAAGAAAAAUCGAUCAGAUCCAUAUGUGAAAAGUUACCUACUUCCAGAUAAAAUUAAAACUGGUAAAAGGAAAACAUCAGUGAAAAAGAAAAAUUUGAAUCCAGUCUACAAUGAAAUACUAAGGUAUAAAAUUGAAAAAGCCUCCCUGAUGGCUCAAACACUGAACCUGUCCGUCUGGCACAAUGAUACAUUUGGCCGCAACAGUUUUCUAGGUGAAGUGGAAAUAGAGUUAAAGAAUUGGGAUUGGAGCAACAAGAAGAUGGAUUGGCAUGACCUGAAACCAAGGACAAUUUCAGUUGACAGAACAGGUGAUAGAGGCAGCUUAAAAGUGGCUUUCCGAUACAUUCCUCAUGGAUACAAAGGAAGAAAAACAGGAGAAGUUCAAAUUUGGGUGAAAGAAGCCAGUAAUUUACCCCAGAUUAGGCCAAGUCGUUUGGAUCCAUUUGUUAAAUGCUUCAUUCUUCCAGACACAAGCAGAAAAAGCCGUCAGAAGACUCGGGUUGUGAAGAACAGUAGAAAUCCUGUAUUCAAUCACACCAUGGUUUAUGAUGGUUUCAGCACUGAAGAUCUUAAGGAUGCAUGUGUUGAGCUUUCCGUCUGGGACCAUGACAAACUGAUUAAUCAUUUCCUUGGAGGACUGAGGAUUGGCCUUGGCACAGGUAAAAGUUAUGGAUUGACAGUAGACUGGAUGGAUUCUACAGAAGAAGAAAUAUCUGUAUGGGAUAAAAUGAUGACCCAUCCAAAUACUUGGGUUGAGGACUUGCUCCCUUUGAGAAUGUUGAUGCUCAGCAAAAUGUCAGGAACCUAAACUGAACAUUUUACAAAAACUGAAAAAGUUGUUUUAUAAAUUGGUAUGCCAAAAAAAAAAUUAUGCCUGCACACUAGUUCUGAUUGUCUGGAACAAAAGUUUUUUUUAAGUUUUGUUGUUGUGACCAAUUAUUUGUACUAGGCUGAGAAGCAAAUGACAUGGAUUUACCUGAACAAAAAUAAGUUUAUUUAAAUUUUAUUAAAAGAAAAGCUAAAGCUAUAUGCUGCAAUGUUUAAAAAAUAUAUAUAAUGCUAGAAAUAAUAAUUCAGUUUGUAAUGGACUUCAAAGUUGAAGAUUCAAUUUAACUUUUUCAGUCGGAUGCCACUAUAUUAUAUCGAUGCUGUAAUACAUUAACUACUAACAAAUCCAACUUUACUUUCAUACGUGCGUUACCAGUAUACAACAAUCACAGAAAAUCUGUGCAGUGAUUAUUUUCUGUUGGAGCACUUAAAAUCUUCAUAGUUUGACAAUUGUUUAAGAAGUUAAGAAUUAAAACAUUCUUCACGAGCUGUUGCAAAUACAUACUGCAGAAUCAGUUACAACUAUCUAUGUAAUAAUAAAGACAAAAGUUCAUGGA